AUGGCUGCAAGCAAGCGACCCAACUUCCUUCUCAUCGUCGCCGAUGACCUUGGUUUCUCUGAUGUUGGAGCCUUCGGCGGCGAGAUUCAGACACCACAUCUCGAUGCUCUGGCUUAUUCACCCUCGGGAGUGCGCAUGACCAACUUUCAUACGGCUUCCAUGUGUUCACCUACCCGAUCUAUGCUGCUGUCCGGUACCGGCAAUCACAUUGUUGGUCUCGGCCAGAUGGAGUAUUGGGGUCGUGGGCGAGACCCGCCAGUUCCAUGGUCUGAACGACCUGGAUAUGAGGGCUACCUGAAUUUCCGCGUGGCUGCUCUACCAGAGAUUCUCCAGGACGCGGGAUAUUAUACUUGCAUGAGUUUUGAUCGCUCAUUUGCACUAUUACCGGGAGGUUCAAGUCAUUAUGCAUAUGAACCGAAAUAUCCCGACGGCACACCUGUUUUUGCGCACUGGGCCAGUCUGUAUUAUGAAAAUGAUCAAAGAGUUGAAACGAAAGACUUUCCCAAAGACUUUUAUUCCUCAGACCACUUCUCAAAGAGGCUCAUAGACUUUUUGAGUGAAAGAGAAACCAACGCUGCAGUCAAGGAGAAGCCAUUUUUCGCAUUUCUGCCAUUUACGGCCCCGCAUUGGCCCCUGCAAGCACCAGAGUCAAACAUCAAAAAGUACAAGGGAAAAUAUGACGAUGGCCCAGAUGCCCUGCGAGAGAGAAGACUGAAACGGCAAAUUGAACUUGGCCUCUUACCCAAGAAUGUAGAGGCACAUCCGGUCACCUCCUCAACAAAAGACUGGGAUGAAAUGUCAGUGGAAGAGAAAGCGUGGUCAGCGAAAACAAUGGAAGUAUUCGCAGGCAUGGUCGACAGAAUGGAUGAGAAUAUCGGCAAAGUUAUCAACAAAAUCAAGGAAAUUGGUGAGUGGGACGACACUUUUGUCAUUUUCAUGUCCGACAAUGGCGCCGAAGGAGCAAUUGUUGAGGCAAUUCCCAUGACGGGAGAUGUGAUUAAAAAGUCGAUUAACAAACACUACAACAACGACUAUGAGAAUCUUGGUAACCGUGAUUCAUUUAUUUGGUAUGGCCCUCAAUGGGCGCAAGCUUCAACAGCACCUAGUAGGAUGCACAAAGGGUAUGUCACAGAGGGUGGCAUCCGCUGUCCGGCCAUUAUCCAUUACCCACGAUUUCCCCAAAAGCCCAAUGGGUACAUCACCGAUUCGUUCGCCACUGUUAUGGAUAUUUUGCCAACCAUAUUGGACCUUGCGGGGAUUCCGUUACCUGGACCAAACUUCCGGGGGCGUCACGUUGUUCCGGUAAAAGGCAAAUCUUGGAUUCCACAUUUGCUGAGAGAAUCUCCCCGAAUUCAUGACGAAGAUCACGUAACUGGUUGGGAACUCUUCUUUCAUCAAGCUAUCCGCAAGGGAAAAUGGAAGGCCGUAUUCAUUCCAAAACCGAAAGGCCCAGAGAAAUGGCAAUUGUACAACAUGGACAAAGAUAUAGGCGAAAUUCACGACCUAGCGGAGGAAGAACCAGAAAUUUUGGAUGAGCUGAUCAAGUAUUGGUUGGCGUAUGUGGCUGAGUUUGGAGUAUUUUUGUAA